GUUCUCGUACACCAUCAAAGAGUUAGUCUAAUCUGUGCUUCGCUCAAAAUCAGUGACCACUACUACAACUCCAAUUUUUCAUCAUUUUGAGUCUCUAGUGCCUAAAUUCCUAAGUCAACAUCUGCAGCAAGGGCUGGAUGGGACUUCGAGAUUCAAAGGAAAGCGUAAACAGGAGAUUGUAAACACCCCUUGGUUUUUGCCGCUCUACUUUGGGCCGAAGGUCAUUUUCGUGGAUUGGCUGUGAUCUGUUGUAGAGCUCAAGUUUGUUCUAAUCGUUCUCCAAGCUAUCUAAUUCAUAUUGAUUAUUAGAAAGUAGGAUUUACAACAUGGAUUCGCAGAGAACUCGUACACUUCGUAUUUAGUUCAAGACACGUGUUGCUCUCGCGUUGUUUGGUGUGUAGAACAAAAAGAAACCUCCAAUUUUUACAACGUGUUUAAAGAAGAACAUUAUCAGCAAACACAAUGUUAGAGCCGCAAGGUUCUGAUUACAUUUGGAUUGUAGUCGUAGGAUUUAUCUUAGCGUUYGUUCUAGCUUUUGGUAUCGGAGCCAACGAUGUGGCCAACUCGUUCGGGACUUCUGURGGUUCGAAGGUGCUCACUCUAAAACAAGCAUGUGUUAUCGCUACGAUAUUCGAAGUAGCUGGGGCUAUCCUUAUAGGAGCCAGAGUAUCUGAUACUGUUCGUAAAGGUAUCAUUGACAUCAACUCCUUCAAUGGCACAGAAGAACUUGCUAUGAUGGGUUCAUUGUCAGCUCUCACUGGUACAAGUGUGUGGCUUCUCAUUGCCACAUUCUUCAACCUUCCAGUGUCUGGGACGCACAGUGUUGUUGGUGCAACAAUGGGUUUUGCUCUAGUAGCACACGGAUUGUCUGGUGUCAAGUGGCCAACUUUUGGCAARAUUGCUGGAUCAUGGGUUAUAUCACCAAUUAUGUCUGGCAUUGUCAGUUCAUUAAUCUUCAUCUUUGUUGAUAAAACUAUCCUUAAGAAAGAGGAAUCAUUUGAGUCAGGUUUGAAGUUCCUGCCCUUGUUUUAUGCCUUCACCAUCACCAUCAACCUCUUCUCUGUAUUUUACAAAGGAUCACAAGUCCUUGGCUUCCAUAAGAUUCCWCUUUAUGGUGUCUUCAUUCUUACCUUUGGUGGUGGUCUUCUAACUGCCCUUUUUGUAAAAAUAUGGGUGGCCCCAUACAUGCGCCGUAGGAUCAUCCAUGAGGUUGCCUGUAGUGAGGACGUUGGGGCUGUGAUAUGUUCGCCAACUGAAAGCCCUGAUGAUAAUCUUGCYGUUGAGAUAGUGACCAGUAAUGGAAAUUGCAAGAAUGCCACUCCUGAAAAGGUKCCCUUGGAAAAAACAUCUAAGACUGACAGCAGCGCUUGUAAUGGAGAAGCUCUUUCACCUGCAGAAACAGAUCUUGAAACAUCAAGAAUCUCGACCAACACAAUCCUAAGUGGAAGCCCUACAGAUGAGAAGCAGUUGAUUGAAGACGACUCUCCCAUCCCCCCUCAUGAACACCAUGAACAUCACAUAAGAAAUGUGAGGCUAAGGACAUACUCCAUGGGUAUGCAGGUUCCUGACCAYGAGAUUAAAGUACUUGAUGAACCCAAGACUGGCAAGCUGUUUGCAUUUUUACAAAUMAUGACGGCAUGCUUUGGUGGGUUUGCACAUGGUGGCAAUGAUGUUAGUAACUGUAUAGGGCCAUUAAUAUCAUUAUGGACCAUCUUCUAUUCUGGCUACAUCCAACAAAAGGUUGAUAUUCCCGUGUGGAUUCUGUUUUAUGGUGGUGCUGGUAUUAGUAUUGGUCUGUGGGUGUGGGGCAGACGUGUUAUCAAGACUGUCGGAGAAGACCUCACUCCUAUAACUCCUACAAGUGGCUUUACUAUUGAGAUUGGCUCGGCCAUUACAGUUCUUAUUGCAUCUAACCUUGGCAUACCAAUCAGUACCACUCACUGUAAAGUUGGUUCAGUUGUCAUGGUUGGUCGUGUCAGAGCUAAGGAAUCUGUUGAUUGGACGAUCUUUAGGAAUGUAGUGCUUGCUUGGCUUGUCACUAUGCCUGUUGCAGGUGCGUUAUCUGCUGUAUCAUAUCUUGGUCUGCGUGAACUGGUAUAGGGUGUCUUAUUGUUUGUAAACAGGUAUUGUCUGUAGUUACUAUUURAAAGGUUAAUCUCAUUGCGCCAGGAGGUGCGUAAGGUGUGUAAGGCCAAUUUUUAGCAAAUAACUCAACCAUAGCUUAAAAGACUUAUAACAUCCAAUAAUAAUAUUUCCYUCUGAAAAUCAUCUUGGAUGCAAUGCUAGCACAAAUGCAAAAAGGUUAAAAACUACAUCAAAAAAGUGUGAUUUUGUAUUUUCAUCUUARCCUCRCAUCCAAGAUAAUUUUGAGAAUGGUUGAUUAGCUAGUGGUUAGAUCAACAUACAAGUAACUACUUGUGGUUUAACAUGACCAUUUGAUCUUCUUCUUGUUACUAUUCMUUUUACCAGGAUGUGGAUUAGUUCUCCAUUUGAUCAUAGAGUAGAUCAUAUGAUUCAUUACUGCAGGGCUUAAAAUAACAGCUGGUCAUUAAACAAUGUCAGGUCAAAUGUUUGCCUUUCCCAUCAUUUUGACCAGUAACAUUGAGCCAGAAAUGUGGUAUGACUGAACUAAAACUAACUUGAUCUGUGAUCAUAACCGGCCACGGAAUGGCUGUUAGGUUAGGCCCUGUUGCUAAGAUGUUUGUGAUGCACAUCAUUGUAACAUUUUGAUUACUGCUAGAAAUGUGUAGUUCCAGAAAUUAUCCAUACUCCCCCCUCCCCCCUCCAAAGAAGAAUUUGGAAUUUCCAAGGUGUAGAGGGGGGAGGGGGGGUCAGAGAAAGAACAAAAUUACAGGGUUUGUAUGGAAGAAAGUUGGAAUUUCUGGGGGUAGGGGGGUCUGAAAAAAAUUACUCUGUGGGCAGUAUGGAUAAUUUCUGAAACCACACAAUACUAUGACACAGCACCCUUGUGGUCUUAAAAAGAGAGUUCCAUGCUAAACAUUUUUUACAGUUACUUAAAAUCUACACACAAUAUUCAUACUUUGAAAAAGCUGCUUUGCUGCUCAAAAUAGCAACAUGGCAGAAGUAGCUUGGGCAUAACUUCUCUCCAUCUCAGACCAUCUGUCAUUCCAUUGAGUAUCAUUUCUUUGUUCAAUAGUUGCACAUGUGAAAAUACAUGGAUAUUUGAUACAACUCAAACGCAAUCUUAUUUUCAAGAGAAUGAAGCAUGGUCUGAAAUGGUUUGGGACUGCAUUUGUGUGUUGAAUGAAAUAAGUGAAAAAGAAAUGAUACUUACAUUUCAAAUAUUAGUUAUUCAUCAGGGCCCAGUUGUACAAAGGGUGCAUAGUUUAUCUGAUCCUUAUCCAGUGGAUAAGUUGAUGCUAUUAUCCAAUAAAUUUAUCUGCAACAUAAGAUUUAUCAAUYGGAUAUUGCUWUCUACCCUUCGUACAACCAGGCCCAGAGUAAAAAGAAAAAAGGGAAAAAAGAAAAAUGGGAUAACAUUAUGCCCAAGCUGAAAGAGUGCAGUGUUCAUUGGUUAUCAGGGUAGUCACAAUUUUGUGAUCAACCAGUCUCCAAAGGCAAAAAUUCUGUUUUGCAAUUAAAUAUAAUAUACAAACUUUGAAAAAGGUUUUUUGGAAGCUGAGGGGGUAAUAAGCAAUAGUUCAGUUCAAGAAUGGCAUUAUGGGAGUUCAUCUAAACACAAGUAAUCAAGGCCUUAAAAAUAGCUUCCACAGCUACUAACAACACUGGAUAUCUCAGAUAUCUCAACACUAACUUCUGUGUUGAGUUGUAAAUAUUGUUCUUGAUCAAGUUUAUUAUUAUAAGGAGAAUAACGUUAAGAAACUAGUCAUUUCAGCUAUUCUUGGAGUUUGGAACGUCAUUGGAAUCUCCUAUUGCUUAUCUAUCAUCUUUUGCUCUGRCAAMCUUUUUUGAAAUGYGYAUAAAAUGUUCUAAAUGMGUAUAAYAUGUUCUUUACCAAGUUUGUUUUAUUCAGACGGGUUUGGGCUUCUGGUGUUUUUAAUUGGACUAAGUCCAGMCUUGGGAAUUUUUAAGAACAAUCUAUCUUCCUCUAUCUUGGCCUCAAACUUGGUCACUUACUUAUUUAUUCAUUUUAAUAUUUUUUUUUUGAUCUGUGUGUGUUGAUAGCAUUAMGUAUAUAUUAUUAUUGUGUCAAUAAGAUGAGUAUUAUAGCCAUUUAUAUUAUAGUGGUUUCUGCAGGUAUGGGAAAAAUAGGAUGCUAAUUUACUCUAUAUACAUGGUAUGAAACAAAAAUGGUUUUCUUAGGAUUCUAUGCUUGUCAUYCAAUCACUGUUUAGUUAGGGUAGUAUGGAGUUAAUUACCGARAACGGAGGCAAUAAGCCAUAUGUAUAGGCUUAUUGCCGAYRUUUGAGGUAAUUAAGUAUUUUAUUUAUCAAUUGAGAAGGUUUUCUAUCAAUUGUUGCUCAUYAYAAAYGUGAAGUCUAUAUAUAGUUAUUAACCGGGUCAAUAACUAACUACUAUAUAUUGACCUCGYAUUUAUAAUGAGGGUUAUAACAAAAAUAAAGCCUUGUGAAUAACAAAGAAAACCSUGUCAAUUGAKAAAUAAAGCAUAGUUAGGAUGCAAAUAUAUCAUAUCAUUUCUCACUCAUGUSAAAAGUGCACGGUGAUUAUCAUUAUAAUUAUCAUUCCUUAGAGUGAGUCGACUGCAUCACAAUUCUAUAUUAUUCCUGUCAUAAAUUGGGAUGAAUCUCUUAGAAUUAUACUUUUUACGGAUGAUUUAAAGAUUGAAACAGUAUUUUGAAUAUCAAAAAGAAAAAGAAUUUAUGAUCUUAA